AUGCUUGAGAUUGAGCAGAGCGUUGCUGACGAACACAUCCGCAGUCACAACCACUUUGAGGUGCUCCAGUGCAUAGAUCGCGCCAACGGUACCGGGAGGAAGGAGAAGGUGCUGUCAGACGACAGAGAGCGUCUCAAUUUCCUGGAGCUCAUGUCGCUCAGCACUGUCCCAAUGGCUUUAAAGGCCAUAACUCUCCUGGACGUGCCUCAGAUCAUGGCUGACGCGGAGCAAGGCACCAUGCUGUCUGCACGACAGAUCUCCAAGCGAGUCAGCUCCAACAAGAACAAGAAGAGCGUUAACGUCAAUCACCUGGACCGCAUCCUCCGCUUCCUGGCCAGCUGCGACAUCUUCGAGGCCAAGAAGGUGGACGACGAGUCGGGCGAGCCGGAGCAAGUCUACGGCCUCACCCCGAUUUGCAAGUACUUGCUGCGGAACGCUGGCGGGGCUUCACUGUCGACGUUGCUGCUGGUGAGGCACGACAAGCAGCUGUUCCAGUCGCUGCAUCACCUCCACGAUGCCGUGCUCGGGGACGAUGUCCCGUUUGCAAAGGCUCACGACCGCAACCUGUUUGAGUUCCUGGAAGCCAACCCCCAGGAGAGCAACCUCUUCAACACUGCCAUGUCCGACAUGUCGGAGAUCUACAUGGAAGCCAUCGUGAACAAUUACCACGGCUUCAAGGAUACCAAGACGCUGGUGGAUGUCGGGGGUGGCACUGGAUCCAGCCUCGCAAUGAUACUCACCAAGUAUCCCCACAUUCACGGGAUUAACUUCGACCUUCCUCACGUUGUUGCUGGUGCUCCGGAGUACGAUGGAAUGAAGCACGUUGGAGGAAAUAUGUUCGAGCAAAUCCCAGGCGGAGACGGGAUGUACUUAAAGCACAUAAUGCACAACUGGAGCGACGAUUCCUGCAUCAAAGUGUUGAACAACUGCUACAAGUCGCUCAAGAACGGAGGCAAGAUCAUAAUGGUGGAGUUCCUCGCACCUGACCCGGGGGAUCACAGCCAGCGAGCUCGGGUGGCUCUAAGUUACGACUUGGUCAUGAUGGCGCAUUUCCUUGGCAAGGAAAGAUCUGAACGCGAGUUCCGAGAUCUGUUAAGAGCAGCAGGAUUUUCGCAGAUCCGGAUCGCUCUCAGGGUCGACUGCGUCGCUGUUGUAGAGGCCCACAAGAACCCGUACGCUCGAUAGUAGAGCUCAGAUCCCCUGAUGUUUCCAUUCCACCCGAUAAGAGACACAUAACGUACCUCCUCCCGUUGUAAAGAAAAAAACAAAGAAGAAGACGAGAAAUAGCAGCUCCUAGGGCCUGCAUCUCCUUCGCCAUCUCCUUUCCUAUAAAAUCGAAUGGGGAAAACAUUUCAAAGUCAA